CCCGGGUCCCCGGGGCGGGGCCGGAGCCUUCCCUCGGGGCUUGAGGGCAGACCUCGGUCUAAGCCCACCGAGUACCAACGGAUGCAUCUCUCUUGGAGAAGCGGGGCCGGGCGUCUGAGCCACCCCUGGGCUCGGAGGCUCCCCGAAGGCCCCUCGGGCUCUUAGCGCGGCUGUGGGAGCGUCGGGGCCCCAGGCGGCCCAGCGCCCCGGGCGUUAGCUGGGAAGAGAGGGGAGGAGUCUGGAAGGAAGCCCCCUGUAGGGGCCCUCCCGAGGGGGGGCCGAAAAAAUAAAGAUAAGGCGGAUGGUGCCUUCCCCUCCUGUCCUCGGCUUCCCUCCCCGGCUCCCUUCGCAUUUUAGUUUCCCAAACAAAUAACCACUAAAAACCCCAAACCGCUGUCUUCUCCAGGCCGUCGAGAAGCUGCCCUCAUUGCAUUCCUUGGAUUCGAUUUCAGUGUGCUGUCAUGUUGAAUCGUUUCUUAAUUAACUUUAUCCAGGGGGGCAGAGUCGGGCUUUCCUUAGGACGUGCUUCCUGAAGCUCUCUUUUCUUCUGAGGUCACUCGGUGCUCCUGCAGGGUUGUUUCCCGGUGAAAGAGGCAGGUAGUUCUGCUGCAGACAGGCCCCCAGCUCUUCCUUUUGAUGGGCUUUAUUGCAGGACGAAGGGAGGCGAUCGAUUGUCUUAGGGAGUGCUAGUGUUCCCUGUUUAAGACGGCAGCCGUGUUGGUCCCCCUUAAGGGGCUGCACGGCCGUGGAGGGCCAAACGUGGAGUUGGUAUUUUGGCUGAUUGCAAGGCUUUUUUUUUUCCAGGACAAGAAAGUUUAGGUUGUCAAAGAGAGGCUUUGAAGGAAAUGGUAGUAGAGCCCGGACCCAGGGAACAAUCGUGCCUAGAAAAAGCAAAGAAAGAAACGAUCCUUUUCUGGAAUAAUGAAGAUAACUGCAGUAUCUUGUUUUGUUUUUAAAUUCUUGUGCGCAAUGAAGGGGGCGAAUCUGUCAGACAACCUACCAAUUGGGCUGAUGUGAAUGUUCCAGUCGCUUCUAACAGGCGUUAAUACCUGUUGGAAAUGGAUUCUCAUUGGCUGGGGCGAUUGCAGAAGAUCAACAGACCAGUAUGGCUGCCACUGCUGCUGUCAGUCCCAGUGAAUACCUGCAGCCCGCUGCCUCCACUGCCCAGGACUCCCAGCCAUCACCCUUAGCUCUUCUUGCUGCAACAUGUAGCAAAAUUGGUCCUCCUGCAGUAGAAGCUGCUGUAACACCUCCUGCUCCUCCUCAGCCCACACCACGGAAAUUGGUUCCCAUCAAACCUGCCCCACUUCCCCUCAGCCCUGGAAAGAACAGUUUUGGGAUCUUAUCCUCCAAAGGGAACAUUCUCCAAGUCCAAGGUUCACAACUGGGCACAUCCUAUCCGGGAGGUCAACUGGUGUUUGCUAUCCAGAACCCUACAAUGAUCAACAAAGGGGCCCGGUCCAGUGCCAACAUUCAAUACCAAGCAGUUCCUCAGAUUCAAGCAGGUAGUGGGCAGACCAUCCAAGUCCAGCCUAACCUCACCAGCCUCACUGGAACCUCACAGAUCCAGAUUAUCCCUGGCACCAACCAAGCCAUUAUCACUCCUUCCCCUUCCAGUCACAAGCCUGUCCCGAUCAAGCCUGCCCCUAUUCAGAAGACCAGCUCUGCAGCACCACUGCAGAGCCCAGGUAGCGUGGUGAAGCUGACGGGUGGCGGUGGCAAUGUGACCCUUACCCUGCCCGUCAACAACCUCGUGAGCACCCCGGACUCGGGCACCCCGACACAGCUGCUCACUGAGAGCCCUGCUGCUCCACUGAUCAAACCGAACAAGAAGAUGAGGAAAAAAGGUCUCCCUGCCUCCUCUCAGCCCGCUGUGGCAGUGGCUGAACAAGUGGAGACCGUGCUGAUCGAAACGACAGCAGACAACAUCAUCCAGGCAGGGAACAACCUCCUCAUUGUGCAGAGUCCCGGAGGGGGCCAGCCUGCCAUGGUACAGCAGGUGCAAGUGGUGCCCCCGAAGGCAGAACAGCAGCAGGUGGUACAGAUCCCUCAGCAAGCCCUUCGAGUGGUGCAGGCGGCCUCUGCUACGCUCCCCACUGUCCCCCAGAAGCCCUCCCAGGACUUUCAGAUCCAAACGCCUGAGCCAACACCUACUCAGAUUUAUAUCAGAAUGCCUUCGGGGGAGCUGCAGACAGUCCUCCUACAAGAACCCCCUUCGGUGACAGUGCCUGCUGCCUCUACCACCUCCUGUAGUAGCCCUGUAACCCGGAGCCCCCACUUGGGAAGCACCAGUAAAAAGCAUUCAACGGCUGCUUCUCGGAAGGAACGGCCCCUGCCAAAGAUUGCUCCUGCUGGAGGCAUCAUCAGCCUGAAUGCAGCCCAGCUGGCAGCAGCUGCGCAAGCUAUGCAGACCAUUAAUAUCAAUGGUGUCCAGGUCCAAGGUGUGCCUGUCACUAUCACCAACACUGGAGGACAGCAGCAGCUCACUGUACAGAAUGUUUCUGGGAACAACCUGACUAUCAGUGGCCUGAGCCCCACGCAGAUUCAGCUGCAGAUGGAGCAGGCCCUAGCAGGAGAGGUCCAGCCAGGGGAGAAGAGGCGUCGUAUGGCUUGUACUUGCCCCAACUGCAAGGAUGGGGAGAAAAGGUCUGGAGAGCAGGGGAAGAAGAAGCAUGUGUGCCACAUCCCUGACUGUGGCAAGACCUUCCGAAAGACAUCACUGUUGCGUGCCCAUGUGCGCCUGCACACCGGAGAGCGGCCCUUCGUCUGUAACUGGGUUUAUUGUGGCAAGAGGUUUACGCGCAGUGACGAGCUCCAGCGGCAUGCCCGCACCCACACAGGUGACAAGCGUUUCGAGUGUGCCCAGUGUCAGAAGCGCUUCAUGAGGAGCGACCACCUAACCAAGCAUUACAAGACCCAUCUCGUCACAAAGAAUUUGUAAAGCCAACAGCAGUUGAAGGCUCUGCAGAUUCAACUCCAAUUAAGCCUGGGGCCUCCAGAGUCAGAGGCACUAUUGCUGACUCCUUGCCCCCUUAUUCCCUGAUUGUGGUCCUGCAGAGAGGGGCUUCAAUAACCAUAUGUUUCCUCCUUCCUAAGCCAUUUGGCUGCCACAACAGCCCCUUUUCCCUCCACCAUAAGCUCCUGGCCCAGAUCCCGGACAUUGGCCACGUACAAUGAGACGUUCUAAACCAGGACGAGUGGGAACCUUUAUUUCCAAAGGAAAAACAUGAAUUUCACUCCAUCGAGGAGCCAAGUGAGUCCCCUUCCUUUCUCCUCCCCUAUCCAAUAGCACUGAUGUGGCCCAGGGCAGGGGAGCCAGAAAGGAGAUGCAUCCCCCUGUGCCAUCCCCUCUCCUGUGAGUCUGUCAUACCUUACUCCCACCAGAGGGCAGCAUGGCAGCAACAUAGCAAAUACCUGGGACCCAGUUCCAGAGCCCCAAACAAGGGCCAUCCACAGAGACAGUGGGAAGGACACCUGCAACCCUCCCCCCCCCAAAAAAAAAAAAAAAACUUUCUUCCAGCACAUUCCAACUUUAUAUUUUAAAAGUAUAUAUAACCACAGACUCCUUCUGAUCUUCCCUGUUUUUCUAUGAAGAACGUUGCCUUAUACUCCAGAUAAUGAACACUGUGUAUUGUGUGCGCUUUUAAAUAAUUUUAUUUAAUUGCUUCCUUCUUCCUUUCCUUAUCUUUCUCCUUCCCCCAUUCCUUUUUCAGUUUGGGAUUGGGGUUUUUGUUUUUUGGACAAUGAUGAACAGAAAAAAAUUUUCCUUCUCCAUAGACUUUUCACUUCUAAAUAACGUAAAAUUUCAGUUUGAAUCCGGAAUCUGAUUUUUUUUUUUUUAAAGAACUCUCACACUCACUCACAUAUAAAACAUAUUAUCCCUCUCCCCUUUUCUCUUUUUAUCUCAUCCCAUAUCCCUUCUCAGAUCCCAUUUGUGUAUAGUGUAUAUUGUAUAAUAGACAAUAUUGUGUCUACUACAUGUUUAAAAACAUAUUGCUUGUUAUUUUUGAGGCUUUUAAAUUAAAACAAAAAUCCACUUUAUUUUUAGUUGUAACUGCUUGAGGUAUGUUUUUUGAAUUAAGUGACAGAUUUGUUAUCCUUUAUUAACAAUGUACUUUGUUGGUCAGCGCAGAGCUGACAAAUAAUUUUUUCUUGCUAAUAAAUUUAGUUGCCUGAGGCAAAGUCAGCA